AUGAAUUCUCUAGAGAGCACUGGCACUUGGUCUAUCUGUAAACUGCCUGAGGGAAAGCUUCUGGUGGGUUGUAAAUGGGUCAAUACAUACAAGUAUAACCCUGAUGGAACGGUUGAACGUCCAAAGUCUCGUUUGGUGGCUAAAGGUUACACUCAAUUGGAGGGUCUUGACUAUAUUGAUACGUUCUCACCAGUGGCCAAGUUGGGUACUUUCAGGCUCCUCCUUAGUCUUGUUGCUGCUCGGAACUGGUUUACUCUCCAGCUAGAUAUCAGUAAUGCUUUCCUCAAUGGUGAUUUGGAUGAGGAAAUCUACAUGACGAUCCCUCAAGGCUAUGAAGAAUUAACAGGCAAGACAGUUCCACCGGGUUCUGUAUGUCGUCUUCACAAGUCCCUUUACGGUCUUAAGCAGGCAUCAAGACAGUGGAACUAUAAGCUCUCUGCUGUUUUCUUCCGUGAAGGUUUUGUUCAAGCUCAUGCGGAUCAUUCUCUGUUUGUGAAGCAUACAUCAACUCUGUUUAUUGCAGCAUUGAUCUACGUUGAUGAUAUCUUGCUAGUAGGCAAUGAUGAAGCAGCCAUAGCUCACUUCAAAGAUGUGCUUCAAGCUGCAUUCAAGCUACGUGUUCUUGGUCCUGCUAAGUAUUUUUUGGGUUUUGAGAUUGCUCGCAAUUCAACAGGGAUCUCUCUCAACCAAAGGAAAUACACAUUGGAGCUUCUUCAAGAUGCAGGUUAUCUCGGCUGCAAACCAGUUACAAUACCUAUGGAACCAAAUCAGAAACUAUCUGAGUCUACUGGUACUCUUCUACCUAAUGCUUCUGUCUACAGGAAGAUUGUGGGUCGUCUCUUAUAUUUGACCCACACAAGACCAGACAUUACUUAUGCUGUACACAAGCUCACUCAGUUCAUGGCAGCUCCACGUUCUGAUCAUCUUACGGCUGCUUAUCACGUGCUUCGGUACCUGAAGAAUGAUCCAGCACAAGGUCUAUUCUAUCAAGCCAACACCAAUCUUACCUUGACUGCAUUUAGUGAUGCAGACUGGGCUACAUGCCCUGACUCUCGACGUUCUAUCACUGGUUAUUGUAUGUUCCUUGGUACAUCUUUGGUAUCUUGGCGUUCGAAGAAACAACCGACGGUUUCCCGAAGCAGUUCUGAAGCGGAGUAUCGUGCUAUGGCGGAUGCAACUUGUGAGCUCAUUUGA